UGGCACUAGUCUGCUCGGGGCUCUUGGACUCUCCGGUACAGCAGGUGGCGGAAUGUCAUUGUCAUGCUCAUUUCUUUUCAACAGGUUAAGCAGACGUUGUUGCUGGUGUUUUAUCCGUCUCCAUAAUAUAUAAUAUCUACCUAUAUAGCGCAAUGAAUCGUCGUGUACUAGUCGUGGACAUACAUUAUAUAAACUCCUGGAAACUGUCCGAGGACAGACCCGGCAUGUGUGAAGACGCGUGAUAUUAGACGUGGAGACCGAACAGUCAUGGAUUUCCCAGGUCACUUUGAGCAGAUCUUUCAACAGCUGAACUUCCAAAGGCUGCAUGGACAGCUGUGUGACUGCGUCAUCAUGUUGGGCAGUCGUCAUUUUAAAGCCCACCGGGCCGUGCUCUCCGCCUGCAGCACACAUUUCCGAGCUUUGUUCACCGCUGCUGAGGGAGAUGCCAGCACGAGGAUGAUCCAUCUGGACUCUGAGGUGGUGACCGCCGAAGCGUUUGCUGCGCUCAUGGACAUGAUGUACACCUCCACGCUUAUGCUAGGGGAGAGUAACGUGAUGGAUGUCUUGCUUGCCGCUUCUCAUCUCCAUCUCAACGCUGUGGUGAAAGCUUGCAAGCACUACCUUACGACCCGCACUCUUCCCAUGUCUUCUCCAGCAGAUCGCAGUGGCCAGCAUCACUCCGAGCAGCAACAAGUAGCAGCUUCUGCUAACUCUCACCUCCAGCGUUCGUUUCUGCUUCAACAGCUUGGUCUUAACCUUGUCAGCUCUGCCCUGAGUGGAACUGAAGAUGGGGGAACAGGGGCCGGGAGGAGAACUGGUUCGGUGUGCGGAUCCGUGGAUCAGCGUGGUGCUUACCCGUCACGUCGUUUCAUGAAGCGUAAGCAGCCCUUGGGUCUGCUCCCUAUUGACCGCAUGAGGGCUCGUCUGACCUCACAGGCCCAGGGGAUUGCGGGGGAUGGAGAGGUCAGAGUGGGUGGAGAGGAGCUUCUUUCACCAGACUCCCACAGUAAAAUGAUGGACGAGGUUGACGCUGGGGUCAUUCAAGGGGAUGGUUUAAUAGAGCACGAUGACUACCGAAGAGGACUGACCCACGAAGACAUGCAGCUUCCAAGCCAGUCGGAUGGGGGCAGGGGAACCGGAGUAGAAAAAACGUUGAUGUUGCCACGUAAAGAGGAGUAUCCAGAUGCAGGGCAAGGUGAUGGGAUUAAGGUCAAGAAUGGAGAGGAGGAGGAGCAACAACAGCACAUGCAAGUCGUGGUGAAGAGUGAACCACUGAGUUCACCAGAGGCUGUGGAUGAGACCAGCUAUGUGACUUCUCAAGCAGAAGGAAGUGACCAGGUGGAGGCAGUUGGGGAAAAGCUGGAGCUUAGUCCCGAGGGCAGCGAGCGCAGCUUUUCAGACCCCCAGCCCAGCUCUGAGCUGCUGAUCAAAGCAACCAAGGGAUUGGGAGCAGAGAGAGACGGAAGAGUAGAAGAACUGUCCUGCAGCAAUGCUCUGGAUUCCUCUGGAUUACACAUCUCCAGUUUUUUGGGUUCGAAGAGCUUCGGUGGUAGAGCAGUAUCAUCUAACCUCACCAGUAGUGUGGACCAUGUUCCGAAUACUACAACAGGAGAGUUUCAACCGGACCAUGAUUCUGCUCGCUUUUUCCUUGCACCCGAUUCCGCCAACGCUGCAUCUUCCUCACUGCACCUCCUGCCUGGGGAUACGCAGGUCUACUCCGACCUGCAAGCGGAAUCUCUCUUUCUACGUCCUGCACAUGAUGGAAUAGCAUCGUCCUCAACGUUAGCAUCAUCUCGGGUUGGAAACGUGGACCAGCUUGCGCUAGAAUUCCAACGCAACAUUUUGGGUUUACAGACCAUCCCUCGUUCAACCAGGGGCGGAGGGUGCAACACAUUCAGACGUAUUGCUCCCAGUCCAGCGAGAGACGUUGCAACAAUGCAACAACAAGAUGCUGCCUCCUCUUCCUCCACAAUGCUUCUGAAUGGAGUAAACUUUGAUUCUUCUCUGUCGGUAGGUCAAAACAGUGGCAUCUCCAAUGUGAACCCGCUACCCCAGUUGACCAGGGCUUCUGCUGAUGUUUUGUCAAAGUGCAAGAAGGCACUUUCAGAGCACAACGUACUGGUGGUGGAAGGAGCUAGAAAGUACGCCUGCAAGAUCUGCUGCAAGACUUUCCUCACUCUGACAGACUGUAAGAAACACAUCAGAGUUCAUACAGGUGAGCGACCGUAUGCCUGUCUGAAAUGCGGCAAACGCUUCAGUCAGUCCAGUCACUUGUACAAGCACUCCAAAACAACCUGCUUACGAUGGCAGAACACUGACAUGUCUAAUGCCCUGCUGUAAGUAAACAAGCACUCCGAAGGCAUCGUCCAAGGAUGCCCAACCAAUUUAAUCUGUGCUAGCUUGCUUGUAUAAGCACACAGUCGCACAUCUUCCCACCUGUUUGGCUGUGUAGGGUGUACCGGAUCAGAAUAUUUUUUGCUGUCUUGGUGGGUCUGUAGAGCUUUUGUUAACAAGCUUAAGAGCUUUCAAGAAAUAUUGUGCUGUUGAUGGUGAGCUCUGUAAGGGACCAGUUGUGUUCUGCAGUUUUUAAGUAUCUUUAAAAGAAUAAUGAUGACUGCUUCAAGUGUUUCAAGCUGAUGCUGGAACUGCUGAAUUAUGUGUUGUCUGUUGUAUAUUAUUGAAGUUUUUGAGCCUCUGUAAAUGCUUUCUAUUGAUCGUUUCAGCGGCAACAACAUAAACAAAUGUUUUGUGGCCCAAACUUAAGUUCCAGUAAACCUCUUCAAAGAAACAAUACCCGUUGAGUAGUUUUAAUUUAAUACAGUUAAUAUACAAAUAAAAUAUUAAUAUAAAUAGAUAAUAAAUAACAAAUAAUAAAAUGUAUUUUCUAACCAAACACAGACCGAAAGUUAACUUUGGGCCAGGCUUGUGCGUCCGAUGAAACCGUCUAUAGUUUAAAUUCAGUUACUUUAGUUCCUUAAGGUGUGUCUUAUCAUUUCUGUCCCAAAACCAACAGGCUUGCCAUGCCAAAGUAUUUGACCAAAACGUAUUGGAUACAACCAGUAUUGUGAGGCAUUGUAGGUACGUUUCUGGCUGGACAGGUUGCUGGGUUUUGGAGCAAGUUAAUAUGCAGCAAAUUGUUUAGUCUGUAUAAUUAGUAGUUUACCAAAAGCUAAAUUUGACCAAAAAGCUGUUACAGUUUUUAAGGUGUCAAAAGUUUGCUCCAUAACAGCAGGACAAACUACAAAUGGCUUAAUAAACUAAAUAUGACAAUAUGGAAGUAAAACAGAAUUUACUAUUGAAUAGGGACACCUUUUAGCUUGAAUACACAUUUUCCAUAUGAACUAUUAUUACAUUCAUAUUGAAGACAUUGCAUUACAAAUUUGCUUUGGUGAGGUUAUAUUUUGGUAAAGGCUGACGAUAUGUUAAUGUGCCUUCUGAUGGAGAAAACGAAUGAUUGGUGUAAAAAUUGAUAAGCGGUAAUGUCAAAAUUGUUCUGUUAAACUUAAAGACUGUAAUGUUUUGUGGAUUCAUAGAACUUGAACAAGAUUUAAAAAAGGAAACAGUACUGUAAAUGCACAUAAGGAUGAUGUUUGUUAUAGUACACGUUAUUGUUUAUGAAAUUGUUGUAAUUUAAUGGUCAUGUUUCAGUGUUUUUAAGAAUUGUUGUCUUGUAUGAUGUGUUUGAUGCUGUAUGAUGGGAGUUUAUAAAUGCUAAAUUUGUACAACCCCAGAAAAUAUUAGACCCUAAAAAAACAUUUUUUUCUGAAAAUUACUAUUUCUAAGUACAUGUUUGAGUAAAAAUCAUUUUGUUUCGUUCUGUGAAAUAGUGACAACAUUUUCCACAAAUUCCGAAUCAAAAUAAAAUAAAUUAAAAAAUGUGCAUUAAUCUGCAUGUAAUUGAAAUGGGCAAACUGGUCAAAAUAACAAAAAUAUGCAAAGUUUGCAGAUUUUGAAUACUGCAAAGGAAAAAAGUUUGUAUUCAUGUUUAAAAAAACAGUACGUGUACACGUAUUUAAGGAUCGUUUUUUUUUCACAUUGUUCUUGUGUCGUUUUGGAUUCUCUCAUACUUUCACAUACUGUAGCUGUUGGGCGACUGUGUCGUUCCUGACUUUCUGUUAAUAUUCAUCAGACAGUGGCCUGGAAUUGCCACAAUACAUACAGAAAUGCUAAAAAAGGCAAACUGAAGUGGUCUUCUACAUUUUCCAUGGCUGUAAUUGUUCACAAGAUUUAGCUGCUUUCCAACCUGUAAACAAAUAAGUAAAUAAAUUACACAUUCCAACCUGUAAAUAAGCUAUUUUACGUUGAGCAUCUGAUUCGUGUAAUCUUUUUUUUCUUUUUGGCGGUUAUAAUGUAAUACCCUGUUACAGCUUUGACAUUGUGGUAAAUAUGGCCACUGAUUGAAAUCUUGUUCCAUUGAAUGAACUCUAAGGUUCUGAUUAUGGUAAAUCAUACCCCCUUAAAACUUAACCAAAUACCUGUGGCUGUUUAUUAUACAGUACAACUGUGCCAUAACAUGAAUAUUUCAUUAUAAGUGUUUUAUAACUGAAUAUUUAUGAAACUUUUCUCUUACUGAACUUUUUGGACGUUUAUCUAUUAUCUAAACAUGUGAAUUUAAAAAAUUCAACAUCUACUUAAACAGUUUACACAUUGAUUUUCAGAUUAAAUUACCUUAAAGGUAUGUACAUAUGUGUUAACUGCACAAACAAUUUUAUGUAACGUGACAUGAAAACAACUUGUAUCACAAUAGAAAUAAACAACUGCCUUGUGUAACUUUUUUACCAUGAGUCAUAUUGUUAGUGUGGUCUUUUUUUCUACCAUUUUAAAAUGAAUAUAGUGAAUAAAAUGAUGAGUAUUAAAUGA